UUAUUGGGAAAGAAAAUUGGAUUCAAUUUAAAUUAGAUGUUUUUAAUGACGAAAAUGUUAAAUGAAUAUGCAACAACUGUCGGAUUGUUUUUCUUCACAAUGUUUGAAUCAAAAUUUGCUCAUUUGGAACCUAAUGGAAUUUCAUCAAUGGAAAAACCGUUAAGUGAAUGGAUAUUUUUAUUAAAUCGUCCAACAUUUCCUUCUGGUCUUUAUAUGACAUCAGAAUUAAGGGAUAAAUUUCUUAGUCAAAGCAAUCCUAAUGGGUUAGAUUUAGCAGCAAUUAUUUUACAAAUGGGUAGAGAUCAUGGGAUUGCUGGAUAUAAUUUAUGGAGAGAAUAUUGUGGAUUAAGCAAAAUUUAUGAAUGGAAGGAUUUGGAAGAAAUUAUUUUUGAACCAAAAAGAAUUAUACCAAUAAUUUCUAAAUAUUUUAGAAAACCUCAAGAUGUUGAUUUAUUUAUUUUAGAAAAACCUUCGAAAGGUUCGCUUUUAGGCCCAACAUUUGCCUGUUUACUUACCAAACAAUUUCUAAAGACAAAAAAUGGAGAUAGACUUUUUGUUGAUAAUUUAGGCCAACCUUGGUCUUUUAAUGAACAACAAAUUAAUGAACUUAAAAAAACUACUUUAGCUCAAUUAAUUUGUUCUAAUACAGAAAUAGAAGCAAUCCAACCUAGAGCUUUUGAAAUAAUUGAUAGUUUUGAGUUUGUUUAUAUAAAUAUUUUAUUAAAUUUAUUCAAAAAACAUUUAAACAGUAAUUAUCCAAUAUCAUGUAAUUCAACGAUAAUUUCUGGUCCAAAUUGGACUGUAUGGAAAGGUGAAGAAUCAUUAAUUCAAAUGCCUUUUACUUCAAACCUGGUUAAAAAAGCUAUUGAAUUGGGUGUUGAAAGAGCAAUGGAAAGGCGUAGAAGAGAAGCAAGAAAUAUUUCUUUUUAUAAAAAAAAUAAACUGAAUAAUGAUGAUUCUCUUUUUGCAUAUGCACAGAUGAUGAGACCAAAAAGAGAAGCAAUUUCUAUGGGAAGAAGAGGUCAUGUUUUAUUGGAGGCAACUAAAAUGUUAUUAAAAGGAGAUCCACAGUUGGGCGAUUCAUCAUUUAUAAGAGAAAUGGAUCCACAAGUAUUACAACAACUUUUGCCAAAAUUGGAUAUUACUUCAAUGUUAUCAAGUAUAGAACCUUUUAUUAAUUCAAUAGAACACAAAGGUAUUUUAUCUGAAUGUUUGCCUAGAGAUUUGCCUUGUGAUCAUACAAGUCCAUAUAGGUAA